AUGUCUGCUAUUGAAAUUAUCAGAACAACAGAUAAUAAGGGUGUAAUAAAUCCAGACACAUUAAAAUUCGUCAAAUCAUGUUAUUCAUUACAUAAACAACUACAUCCGAAUUUAUUGAAUAUUGAUGAAAAUCAAUAUAUUCAACUUCUUCAAGAAAUUUGUCUUGAUGGUCAUUCACAUUUUUGUAUUAUUUUGAAAUCCAGUGAUAAUAGUCAGCGAACUCUUAUUGGUCUAUGUCUCUAUCGUUAUUUUAACAAUACAUUUAAUGUAAUUAAAUUUGACGUUUUAGACAUGUUUAUUAUUGAAAAUGAACGAAAUCGUGGUUAUGGUACAAAACUAAUGACUUACUUGAUAGAUGAAGCAAAAAAAAUAACUGCACCAUCAAUCGUAGUGCAAUGCAAUGUGGAUAAUACUGAUGCACAACGAUUUUUUUUCCGACAUAAUUUAAGAAUAACAACAUUUGGUUUUAGUGCAAGAAAUUUAGAUACAAUUGAAAAUAGUCAACAAUCAACUGUUAAAAUUAUUAAAUUAACAGAUGAUAAUACCGGUGUAAUACCAGAUAGUUAUAAUGAGCUUUUAUUAAAAGCAGAACCCAUUCAUCAUCAACUUCGAACUAUGUUAAAAACUCGUAAUGAAUACAUCGAGCAAAUUAAAAUAAUCUGUCAAACGGGUCCGGCUCAUAUCGCUUUGGCUCUAAUUGAAGACGUUGUAGUUGGUGUUACAAUGUAUCGCAUGGUUUUAAAUAUGAAACAUUUUAAACAUUUUUAUUGUGAUGAUUUAGUAACAGAUGAAACAAAACGAGGUUCUGGAGUUGGACAUGUGUUAAUGAAUCAUUUAAAACAAGAAGCAAAAUUUUAUGGAGCAGAUAAAUUCACGCUAGAUAGUGGUUGCCAAAGACAACAAGCACAUAGAUAUUAUUAUAAAGAAGGAUUAGUCAUUGAUCAGUUUGGAUUUUCACUAAAUUUUUAA